AUGCUUGGCCAAAAAAAUACCCUCUUGGAAAGCAACCUGGGCAGUAGGAGCAAACUUGGUGAAAGAACAGUCACCCAAAGCAAAGAUGUUUUCAGUUCCGUCAACCAACAAUCUCUCGUCAACCAACAAACCUCUUCUAGCGUUCUUUUGUUCUUCAAUCUUGGAGGUCAAGUUUCUAACAAUUGGUCUAGGUGCAUUGCCUGUUGCCCAAAUCAACAUACCAUAAGGAAUCUGGAUCAUUUCAGUAGAUCCAUCUGCCGCUUUAGUUUGAGCAGUGACGGAUUCAGAGUCAACUUUCUUGACCAUAGUGUUGGUUUUCAAGUCGAUGUUGGUGUCCUGGAACACCUGUUUGGUGUAGUCAACCAACUUCUUGUUGAACAUGUUCAACACGUUUGGCAAGGCCUCGACCAAAGUAACUUUCAAUUCAGAAGCAACUUCGGGCAUCCAGGCGUGAAUAUCUUGGUCAAUGUAAUCCUGGAGCUCACCAGCAACUUCAACACCGGUUGGGCCACCGCCACAAACGACAAUGGACAACAAUCUCUUUCUUUGUGGGUCAUCCUUAGGCAAGAUAUUGGCAGCUUCGAUGAGGUCCAUGAGUCUUCUUCUGAUUUUGAUGGAGUCGCUGACUUCCUUCAAGAAGUAGGAGUUUUCUGCGACACCAGGGAUACCAAAAGUGGAAGGCUGGGCACCAACACCAACAACCAAGUAGUCGUAGUUCAAAGAGGUGACGAUAUCUUCGGAAAGGGUAGAUUUGGCCGAACCGGUGUCCUUACCAGAGUGGCCCGAGUGGACAGUGGUGGAUUGCUUGACGGUGAUUCUGUGGUUGACUGGGUCGAUGUCUGUGGCCUCUGCCUCCAAGUAGAUAACCUCACCAGCACAUCUUCUGGUGAUACCUCUCACAGGCUCAAUGAUGGAUCUGGCAUCGACAGUUCCAGUGGGCACCGAGGGCAACAAUGGGGUGAAAAGGAAGUAGUUACGUGGGGAAACAACAACAACGUUGUACAAGGUGGUGUCCAAGUUCUUCAAGAGCGAGAUGGAGCCCCAGCCCGAACCCAAAAGAACCAAGGUUUUCUUUUUCUUUCCCGACUCGAAAGUUGGCACCUGCUUGAUCUGGUCGGCAGGGUAAGACUCGUUGUAGACUUUGUAGCCAACAUAACCGACAGCACCGACGGUGGCCAAAGCAGUCAACCUUCCAAUGGUUUUGAAAGUUUUUCUGAAAGCAGAAACGGGCUUUUUGGGAGCAGCAUUAAACGCCCGAGCAGUCGACGAGAACAACCGCACAGAGGAAGUUCUGAACAUGGUGUAGCACGUCCAAAUUGGUCAAACGAAUAG